UGCUCACGUGACGUAUACUUUGUGUAGUCAUGGCAGACGACUACAGGCGACACGAUUUUGAGUUGGAGAGGAGAAUAUUUGAGAUAGACAACAAAUGUUCAUGUCUCCGGGCUGAAAAGCAAGAUGAUGACUAUUUGCAGAAUGCGUCUGCAAUACUAGAGAAGUUGAAAGGCUUUUACAGACAUGGAGGAGAAAGCUUGAACCUUUCCAAGCUGCUUCAGGAUUACACACAGGUGAUUCUUGACAUCACUUUUUAUGAAGAGAAUCAAUUGGUGGAUCAGGAAUUCCCCGAAGACUCCUCACCAUUUAAGAUCCAGCAGCUGCUGCAAGACCUGACUGAGCCAGAGAUGUUGGUGGCACGACUGGCACCGGGACAGGAGGUGCAGUGCGUGUUGGGCACAGAGCUGUUGGAAUGUCUCUACUGGAGACGUGGAGCUCUGCUGUACAUGUACUGCCACACCCUUCAUCAGCGAAAGCAAUGGAUCAAGAAGAACAAGGACACAUUCAUUAAGUGUAUUCAAGAAGGUGUUCGGUAUUUGAUGCGGAUGCUGCAAGUUAGAAACACAGUGAAGCUCAGUGACGGGGUGGUGCUUCAUGACAGUGGAGCAAGCAUUUUAUCUGAGGGUAUUUUUUCAGACACCCACCUGCUGACGAUGAUGUACAUUGGGGAAAUGUGUUUCUGGGCCGUCAAGUAUGAGGACUGCAGCGCCGACCCCACAGACCACAAAGAAGACGGCCUCCAGUUUCGGGACAUCGGCACACAGAUUCUGAACAAAUAUGUGAAUGCCUGCGAGGGACCUCUGCAGGGCCAGGGCUGGAAUACAGAAAAUGCCAAGGAAAUCCUUAGUAUUUUACAGUGAAAUAAAGUGCUCAUGUGUAAAACUUAC